AUGAUGACCAGACUGAUGAGGAUGAAUGAGCUGGGAAGGAGGACUUGGAAGUCAACUCGAAUGGCUCGGUUGAGUCAACCAACAACAACAACAACAACAACAAUCACUAAAUCUUUUUCCUCUCAUUCCAUUUCCAAGUCUCAAGAACAACAACCACUCCCAUUCGAUCCACUCAUCCCCCUCAAGAUCCUUAACCCGAUUGGCAAGAAAAACUCAAAUGAUCAACACAUCGGCUUGCCUGAUCUCGCUCAACUCGAAAACGAAUCAUUCGCCGUAAAGGUUUACGAAGUUAUGCUCGGCUUGCCGAUUUUAGAUACAUUCAUGAGUAACUUACAGCGCCAUGGUCGAAUCUCAUUUUACAUGACUAGCUAUGGAGAAGAAGGAGCCGUCGUAGGGUCAGCGGCCGCACUGGGCGACCAUGAUGAGGUAUUUGCUCAAUACAGAGAACAAGGUAUUUUGCUGUGGAGAGGCUGCAGUUUGGAUUACUUGACUGCACAAUGUUUUGGAUCAGUGGAAGAUGAGAGUUCGAAGGGUCGACAGAUGCCGGUACACUACGCCUCGAAGAAGCACCACUUCCACUCGAUCAGCAGUCCGUUGGCCACCCAAAUCCCUCAGGCGGCUGGGGCGGCAUAUGCUCUCAAACGGAUGAGACAAAAGGGCGAGCGUCCGGAUGAUUGUGUGGUCUGUUACUUGGGCGAGGGCGCUGCUAGUGAGGGCGACUUCCAUGCCGGAGUCAACAUGGCCAGCGUUUUGGGCGGUCCAAUCGUUUUUUUCAUCAGAAACAACGGUUUUGCGAUCUCGACUCCGUCUUCUCAGCAAUUCAAAGGGGACGGGAUCGCCUCUCGUGCUGCUGGAUAUGGUAUUGAUGCGAUCCGAGUAGAUGGGAAUGACCCCUUAGCGGUCUAUCUCGCAACUAGAGAAGCCCGUCGUCGGGCACUCGAAGGCGCCGGUCGAGCAGUGAUGGUCGAGGCUAUGACUUACCGAGUCGGUCAUCAUAGCACCAGUGAUGACUCCAGUGCCUAUCGAAACCCUAACGAGGUCGACCAGUGGAGGAAACGCGAUAAUCCUAUCAAUCGAAUGAGGGCUUUCCUGGAAUCUAAGGGAUGGUGGGAUCCCGCUAAGGAAGAAGAUCGGAUCAAACAGUGGAAGAACGAUAUCUCAAAAUCUGUCAAACGGACUGAAAAAAUGUCCAAGCCAUCAUUAAAAGACAUGUGGACGGAUACAUAUGGAACUGAACAAAAUCAUCUAGACCAACAACGAAUCGAAAGUGAACGGAUCAUCAAGAAGUAUUCAGAGUAUCGGGUCUAUAAAGAAGAAUUAAAGAAAUUUACUAAAGCUUAA